CGCGUGCGCCGGCGCGCCGGGAGCAGCGCGCGGACUCGUGUCCAGUCGGCGGCGCGCGCUCGAGUCGCAGCCACCACUUGCACUUGCUCGGAAGCUGGUCUAUAGAAUUAAGAUAAGAUGAAGGGACGUUUGUUGCUGCUGUCUCUGCUGGUAGCAGUCGUCUGCACCGCAGACGCAGAGAGACACCGUCGUCGUCACCGGCGUCUGCGCACGACUACCACGGAGAUGCCGCAGCGUCCGGCGCCGCCGCGCGAGGAGGCCGAGGCGGAGCACCUCGAGCUAGGCAUGGCGGAGCGCCUCGACGAGCGUCGCUUUCAGGAAUCCGAGAAAGCCCGUGUCAAUGAAAUCUUAAAUGAAAACUCCAACGAAGGAAAUUCUGACAACGAAGUAUUUAUUGAUGACCCGUGCCUGAAGGUGCACUGUAGCGCGGGCCGUGUCUGCGAGAUCGAUGAGCACGGGGACGCCGUCUGCAAUUGCAUAAAGGAGUGCCCCUACGAAACCGACUCCCGCCGCAAGGUGUGCACGCACCACAACGAGACAUGGUCGUCGGACUGCGAGGUGUACCGGCAGCGCUGUCUCUGCCUCGACAACUCGGAGCUGUGCCGCGGCCCGCAGUACCACCACGUGCAGAUAGACUACUAUGGCGCCUGCCGCGAGAUGCCCGCGUGCACGGAGAGCGAGAUGUCAGACUUCCCGCGGCGCAUGCGCGACUGGCUGUUCAACAUAAUGCGCGACAUGGCGGAGCGCCGCGAGCUGACGCCGCACUACCUGCAGAUGGAGCGUGAGGCGGAGUCCAACCUCACGCGCCGCUGGACCAACGCCGCCAUCUGGAAGUGGUGCGACCUGGACGCUCACGACAACGACAGGUUUGUGUCCCGGCACGAGCUGUUCCCUAUCCGCGCGCCGCUGAUGGCGCUGGAGCAUUGCAUCGGGCCCUUCCUGGACCUCUGCGAUGAGGACAACGACCACCGCAUCACGCUGGCCGAGUGGGGCAAGUGCCUGCAGCUCGACGAGUACGAGCUGGAGGAUCGCUGCGACGAGCUCACCGACGAAGCCUCCUAAACAUACUUUUGUACAAAAAUCUUUUAUAAUAAAAACAUUUGAAUACUUUUAAAUAACAUAUUUGUCAUUCAUAAUAAAAAAUCUGAGAUUUUAGUAAUAAUGUAGAUAUAUUAUAAGAUUUUAUUAUUUGCUAAGUUUCGUAAGAUCUAAAAAGAGAGCGCAGUGUUUUAGCCUUUUAUGCAACAAAACACUUAAACACUGUUUUAUAUUCAAAAUAUAUGUUGAAAUUAAAAUGUAUUAAUCGUUCACAUUGAAGUGAAACAUUUAACAGUGUUAACAGUAACUGUUAAAUGUUUCACUGCCAAGAUUUCAAAUCAAAAUAUAUUUUUAAUUACAUACAAUUUUUCUAUAAUACUUAGUAAAGUAUGUAAACAUUUAUAGAUAUUUAUGGUGUAAUCACUAAGUACUUGUAUACUCUGUAUUACUGAAAUAUGCAUUUAAUAUAAAUGGCAACACUGUGAUCGUACAACCAAAAACUCUUGUAAUUAAUUUGGAUAAUUUUAGUAUUUUUAAAUAAAGUGUUCAUUUUCUAAUAAAA